AGUGCUGUACACACACACACGACGCGGUUGCUGUGGAAGCGUGUCUGUGCGUACAUACAUCAUACGCACCAACCGAUCCGUUCAACCAAGGAGAUUGCGGAUCGGUCGCCGCGAAUCCCCCGUUCAGUCCCCACCCACCCCCUUUUGUCUUGUCCACGAGGAUGUUCACCUUCAACGCCUUCGGCGGCGCCGCACCGCCUGUGAAACCAAUCAGUGACGGUGGUGUCCUUGGCGCACCUGCACUACCUGUGUACUCUAGUCAUAGUGACGUCAACGCUGUUCCUCCUCCGCCCGUCUUUGGGGGUGCGGGUCUGCGGCACAUCAGUCAUCAUGGCACCGCAGUCCCUUUAGCGGCAACACCCGUCUUUGGUGGUGCGGGGAGUGGUGGUGGGAAUGCGUUCACCGCACGUUCAGCCGGUAUCCUUUACAGCUCUGGAGCAGCAGCAGGCGCAGAGGCAACCGGGGCGCCUUCAACGCUUUCUUCAGGCGAAGGAGUGCCAGCACCACCACCACCGGUGUACUCAGCGGCUGUCCCGGCGGCGGCUGUGCCUGUGUUUGGUGGCGGCCGCUCGUUUGGAUCUGUGCCGUCUUUCACUGCGUACACCAACAAUAACAACCGCCAUAAUAGCAGCAGUGAUGCGAAUCGUCAGGGCGGUGUCUUGGGGGGAAACGGCGCCCUCCCGAUGCCCCAAAAUCCACCCACAACGAGCCAACCAGGACCAUCCGACGGAAAUCCGAAUAGCAGCUCAGUGUUUGGCAGCGCAGCCCCUCGUCUCAACUCCAGCAUCAUCGUCUCAUCGACCUCCACUGAUGCGUCGAUGCCACCGCCCCCGCACCUCAAGUUUGACUUCAGCGCGCCGUCUAGCACCUCCGUUGGUCACGCGGCUACCUCCUUCACGGCGCACCCAGGAAACGCACUGGGAGCCGCACACAGUGGCAGCGUGCUGCUCACGGACAGCACACGAACGAAUGCUGCCGUGAAAAGCAGCGGCCACAGCACGCCAGGUCCGGUGCUGGCGAGUGCUUUUUCAGGCGAGGGCAACGCCGCUACGGCACCACCGCCGUUUUCUUCUUCUGCCUCCUUCUCUCCCCCAUUGUCCUCUUUCGCCCUCUCAUCGCAUUCGCUUCCGCUUGUGGUAGCGGUGGAGAAGAGCGUCGGUCGUGGUGGAUACGACAGCGGUACCGGCGACGGGGCCGGCGGAGGAGCCACACCGGCGUUCAGCAGCUCCACCAGCUCCUUCAGCGCUCCCUUCGGUCGGACAGCGAAGCCGGCGGCACUGACAGGCGAUGCGAAGGGGCAGGCAGAGCCCUCAUCCCUCGCCGCAGUGCUGCCGUCGAGGGCUCCAUUCGCCACACCAACGCCACCUUCUCAAUUAAGCAGUGGCUUCCCUACCGCCGCCACCAAGACCACGCCUCUUCCCAUAAACACCAGCGAUACGGGAAGUGGCAUCUUGGGUAGCGUUACGCCUUCAGGGACAGCGCCGCCCACGACAGCUUUUGGCGCCACAGUCAUCCCCACCUCGCCGCAACCGUCAGCGUCGUCGUCCGCUACCUUUCGUGCUGCCGCAACAGCAGCACGGCCACCACAGGUGCCAUCGCCCGCCUUCUCAGCAGACAACGCACCACCCGUGGGGAAAAGAUCGUCAGCGUUCGUUCCAGAAACCGGCGACGCCAAACCAAACACGGGCACGACGAGUGCUUUUGCCGCCUUUGCGGGAGCGGCGUCCGCAACGAGCUCAGUCCCUGCGAAGUCCGCAUUUGGUUCGUCCAGUGUCGCACCUGCGCCAUCACCGCAGGCCUUUCACACCGCUCCUCCCGCCACAGGCGCCUCCGACGGGCACCAUCGCCCUGCCGGUGGGUCUGCGUUUGCGGCUGCCGCUUCGUCGUCGUCGCCGUCGUUCAGCGGGCUGGGUGGUCGUGGCGGUGCUGGGGCUAGUGGGGAUGGGCGUGGCGAUUACCGUGGCCGUGGACGGGGAGGUGGACAUGGACGCGACAGGCACGACCGGCGACGAGACCGGUCGCCGUCGCCGUCGAGAACCACAGAAGAAGGACGCUUUCACGCAGACAGUCGUGGGGCUCCCCCGCCUACCUUCUCCGCACAAAGCUCUCACUUUAGCAUCCCAGCUCCUCGUCACGUUCAACAGCAGCAGCAGCAGCAGCAGAUGCAGAUGCAGCCAACAGCAGUUUCACGGCUGGAGAAGCUCACGCUGCCCUCUCUGCCCUCCGAUGAAAAGCAGUGGUCGCUGGCCGCCCGCGUCUGCAAAUCUUUUCUGCUUCAGGUCGCCUCCCCUGCGGCCACGACGAUGUCAGCGACCUCUGCGGGUCGCGAGACGGGCGCGGCGGAGGCGCUCGAGCAGGCCUUUUUCGGCGUUGCAGGCCGCGAAGGCGUCACUGGCGACUUCGGCACGUCUGCAGGGGAGAUGUUGGCGGUGUGGCAGACGCAGGUGCGGCCGAUGCUGACCAAUGCAACGGCGCCCGGCAGCGCGCCGCUUCCCUUCCCCGGCGAGAUGUGGGUGGCUCUCUUCGCCCUCGGCGCCUAUUUAAACGUCAUCCUCUCCACCCUCGCCUCGCCAGACAACUCGUCGCGGACGUCCACACGCGCGGACCUCGCUGUCUACAAGGCCGGCCUGCGCGACCACCCAGUGGAAGCGCUGACCGACGCCUGCCACUACGCGAACGAGAUGAGUGAACUCUUGCAGACGAUCUUUCAGCGCGGCGGUGAGGCGGCGGCCCCGCCGUACAGCGUCCUCCCGGUGGUGCUGCGGCGGGUGCGCACCGUCUUCGACGCGGCGAACGCGCGUGGUGUGGCGACGGUGCAGUCGAAUUGGAGUGCCGUCACGUCGAAGCUUUUCGCGGUGCUGAACCGACGCGUGAAGUCGGCCACGGUGCAGGUCCUUCCCAGCACCAACGGUGCAACGGACAAGCCGCCCCGCUGGCUCCUCACCUUUGACUCGACGGAGAAGGAAAGCCUCCUGCACAGCUUCGCCUACCUCGUGAGUGAGAUGAUUGCCGUGGAUGCGCCGAUGAACGAAGAUGUGGAGCUGUUCAUGGCGGCCUUUCACGAGUGUCUGCCGUCGGCGCUGGCGGAGCGGUGCAUGCUGUACUACCGUCGUGCCUGUGCCUUGCUGCGGCAGCCGCUGGGUAUGCGACAGAUGGAGGAGGCGGCAAAGCUGCUAGCGCGGGCGCUCGCCGUGUACCCGCCAGAUGCCCCACCGAACAACAGGCGUGUGCUAGAAGUGAAGCUGCUCACCGCAGAGCUCGCGUUGGGGCGCCUUCCCUCCGACAAAGACCGCAUCGCGCUGGACGUGCCGCAGUUGGUUGACGUGGUGAACGCGCUGAAGACGUCACGGCUGGACUUGCUGGACGCAGCACUGAAGAUGCACGGCCGUUUCUUCGUUCAGAUCGGUGUGCAAAACGCGCUGAUGCUGGCACGACAGCGUGUGGCGCUGUUGAUGGUGGUCAAAUUCUACGUAACGCACGGGUGUGAGAACCGACUACGUGUGACGGACAUGGUGCGUUACCACCGCCUCCCCUACUCCGGAGCGGAGGCGGGGAUGGUGUGGCUGCUGCCGCUGUUGGUGGGAAAGGACAUGAAUGGGGUACUGGAUCACGACUACCUGAUUCUGAGUGGCAAGGCGCCGUUUGACGCGUAUCCACGCGAGUUGUUGGCCGCUGCCGCAGGGCUUCUUUGA